UUUAAAUUGUUAUCUGGUGUGAGGGGAGGAGCUUUCUGUUUAGAUGUUUGUUUUCCUUUUUCUUGGUCCUUGGUAAAGGAAAAAUUGGUUUCACUUGAAAAUUUAACAGGAAAGUGGCUUCAAGAAAAAGUUAUCGGACUGGAAAAUUCCUCAAGAAAACAGCUAAAUGCAUUCCAAAGAAAAUAUAAUGGAAAACCAAGAAUACCAGAGUUUAAUUGAGUUAUCAUUUGGUUCCAAAAAAGUGAUUUUAUUCCAAUUUUGGAUGGGUGGAAUAUAACUGGCACUUAGGUCAUGUUUGGUUGGGGUUAUGACUAUUCCUUGGUCAAGCCAUAAAAACAAGGCAAUAUUGAGAAUUUUGAUUGACAAGCUAGAAAAAUGGAGGGAAUAAGGGGGAUCCAUUUUCUUCUAAAUUAGAGGAUGUGCAAGGAAUAGAUGGCUAUUCCUUGCUUAUCUCCUAAUCUAAAGAAAAUGAUCAACCUUAUUCUCUUUCCAUUCCCAACUUGUCAAAUAAACUUUUUAGUUUUGCUUUAUUUUAAUGGUUGACCAAAGAAACUCAUUUCUCCAUGCCACGCAUGCUCUUAAGGAAAACAUUAAUAUGAACCUUGGGGCAUUGAAGUCUUAUAAAGUAAACCACAGAGAAUCAACAUGAAAAUUGGUCAUAUCACAAUGGGAUCCACAUGUGCUCUUGGAUCUGUUAUCUUAAUACCAUGUAGACUGAUUUAUCCUUCUUUUAUUUAUUAUUCUUGGUGGUUUAUCAUUUAUAGGCAAGAUAUUUCUAUGCAGAAUCUGGUGUGUUUUAUUUUACUCAUUUUUUGUAUUUACUGUCUAGACUGAUUUAUCCUUCUUCUAUAUACUAUUUCUUGGUGGUUAUCAUUCAUAUGCAAGAUAUUUCCAUGUAGAAUCUGGUGCUUGUUUUAUUGUAUUAAGAAUAUUUAUGCUAUCAUUUUCUUUUUUUGGUAAUUUUUUCCUCAAUAGUUUUGAAUUUAAAAUUUGAAAAUUGUAGAUGAUCUUUUUAAUUUUUGACAAUUGGGGAAGGGAGAUUUGAAUCCACCACUUAAAUUUGAAUCCACCACUUAAAGGUGGGGGGCCUGUACCAUUACCAUUGGGCUGCAAUGGUAGGGACAAAAUUUUGUUUCAAUCCUUAAAUAUAAGGGAUACAUACCACUAAACUAUCUCAUAAGUUAAAAUUUUUUCUCAAUUUAAUGGUGAUUAUAUUUCCUUAUACUGUUAAUUUCAGAAUCAAUUUGAACCAUUUGGAGAUGAAAAUGAUCAGCAAGAUAUGCUAAAGGCUAUAUUUUAGAUUCUGGAGGCAAAGGAACUAUUCAAGUAUCAAGAUGGGUAGCUCAUGCAUUCUGCGAGUUCUGCUUAUUGCAUAACAAGCCUUUUUGGAAGCCUUUCUGGCUCGAUACUUUGAGUUCUUUCCUUGUUUGGUUUUCUGUACAGACUAUUCGGGCUGAUAAUUCUACGUUGGAGGGAAAGUAUAAAAGUUUUGAAAGGAAAGAGAAACAAGGUGAAAGAAUGUUGAGUGUAUAUUUGAUAGCGAUGAGACAGAGUUAAGGUGAGGUUUGUUGUUGAAUAUGUUUGCUAGAAAUUGCUGUUGUUGUCAGCAGAUCACUGUAUGUACAAACAUGUGUGUUGCAUUACCUUAUUGUGUUGUAUUACGAUUAUUGUGUUUCUGUAAUAGGAGAUGCUUUUUUUUCUAUGUAUUGUGUCAUUGUAUCACCCAGUUGAAUCUUUGUUCUCUAUGAUAAAACAUAUAUCUUCCAGCAAAAUGAUGAUUUUCUUAGACAAUUGUGUAAGUUACUCUUUCUUGCUUGAAGCUGAAGUAUCUU